GCCUUGAGUGGUGAUUGGUCCAGAAUGCAGCACGCAUACCUCUCUUUGCUUUUAACGCCUGGAACCUUGGUUUUGCAGAAGGGCGCCAGAGCAAAGUUGGUUUUUCACACCAGCCAGUACGGUGCUUUGCUUUGGCGUGCCCCACCUUCGACAUCGAAGUCUGGCGCAGACAUCGUUCUCGCUCCAGAUGCCUUGGAGUCUGUCUCGUUUGCGGUUGUGGAGCGCCUGGAGGAUUGGCGUGUGUUGGGAGUUGAGCCGGUAUGCCCUGGGCCAUCUCGGAAGCUUGGGCUUCACAUGCAGCCCGGCGCAGGGCUGGUGCACAACAAAGAGGGCAUGACCUUGCUCAAGCACGCUGCUUGGGGCGGCUUUCGCAACAUGACCGUAACGUUUUUGAAGAAACUCUUUGCUCAUCUGAAAGUUCCCUGGGUUCCAGGAAAGAAGCCAAGCACAGAAGUUCCUUUGGUCGCAGCAUUGGUGAAGCAUGCUGUCGGCCCGGAGGCGACAAAUCAGAUGGUAGAGGCGGCGCUUGUCGCCAGAGGAAAAACGGUGAUGAACGCAAAGCUGCUGGCAGAUACUCAGGCAUUUGACCCGAACCUUUUUGAUGAUGAGGACGAUGACGAUGUCCGCAGACAGUUCGAGAAAUUGAAGUCACGGCGUGAGGCAGCUCAGAAGCAAGAGCAAGCCCGGUUGGACAAACUCGCGCAAUUGCAGCCGGAUGUCCCUGCAACCCUCUCUGAGCCAUCAAUAUCCCUGGUGCCCGCCCUGAUGACUGGGUACAGUCAGGAAGAAGCCUCGAAGUGGCUUCCCAAGUUUUGCAGCAUCUACAAAGAUGCCAGGCGCCAGAACAGAUGGCGCGUUCGAAGCAGGUUCUGGCCCGAGAAAUGCUGGAGCUAUGGCACCGGCUCUUUCACGGACGAUUACGGCGCCAUGAAGCUGUGCUUGCUUCAUGCCUGGCGCAUGGAAAGGGAACGAGUUGGAGUGCAGUGUCCGUUCGACUUCCGUUGA